CGUACCAUUCUCUCUCUCUCAACGUGUCCCCUUUCAUAUCUCCUUCUUCCAUGCGACUCCGAUCAUUCUUCUUCUCUAUCUUCUCCCUUUCACGUUCCCCUUCUCCUUCUCUUCCUUCCUCUCGCUUCUCCUCUCUCUCCGCCGCUAUGUCUCCUGCUCUCGAGAAAUCCCGACAAGGCAAUGGUGAAUGUAAUGAUGAUUUGAAGUCUAAGGUUACGGUCGUUGGUAGUGGCAAUUGGGGCAGUGUUGCUGCUAAGCUCAUUGCUUCUAAUGCCCUCAAGCUUCCUUCUUUCCAUGAUGAAGUGAGGAUGUGGGUAUUUGAGGAGGUUCUACCAAAUGGUGAGAAGCUCACUGAUAUAAUCAACAAGACUAAUGAAAAUGUCAAGUACCUCCCUGGGAUUAAGCUUGGAAGAAAUGUUGUUGCGGAUCCUGACCUUGAAAAUGCAGUCAAGGAAGCAAACAUGUUGGUUUUUGUUACACCGCAUCAGUUCAUGGAUGGAAUAUGCAAGAGAUUAGAUGGAAAGAUCACAGGAGAUGUUGAGGCUAUAUCUCUUGUUAAGGGAAUGGAAGUGAAGAAGGAAGGUCCUUGUAUGAUCUCAAGUCUAAUCUCCAAGCAACUUGGUAUCAAUUGUUGUGUUCUUAUGGGCGCAAACAUUGCAAACGAGAUAGCUGUGGAGAAGUUUAGUGAAGCAACAGUUGGAUAUAGAGAGAGUAGAGAAAUAGCAGACACAUGGGUUCAGUUGUUUAGUACUCCAUAUUUUAUGGUCACACCCGUCCAUGAUGUGGAAGGAGUAGAAUUGUGUGGUACCUUGAAGAAUGUAGUGGCUAUUGCAGCGGGUUUUGUGGAUGGUUUGGAAAUGGGUAAUAACACAAAGGCUGCAAUCAUGAGGAUUGGUCUAAGAGAGAUGAAAGCGCUCUCAAAGCUUCUGUUUCCAUCUGUUAAAGACAGUACUUUCUUCGAGAGCUGUGGUGUAGCAGAUGUCAUUACAACUUGCUUAGGAGGAAGAAACCGAAGAGUUGCGGAAGCAUAUGCAAAAAGCGGAGGAAAAAGAUCUUUUGACGAGCUUGAAGCAGAGAUGUUACAAGGGCAAAAGCUACAGGGAGUAUCAACAGCAAGAGAGGUCUACGAGGUGUUGAACCAUUGUGGAUGGGUAGAGAUGUUUCCGCUCUUUUCAACGGUCCACCAAAUCUGCACUGGUCGUCUUCAGCCUGAAGCCAUUGUCCAAUACCGCGAGCACAAAGCUUGAUGUCUAUUGAUGGUCCAUUCAUCUUCAAAGAUUUGAUGAAUUGGUGUAGAGAGGUUAACGUUUUUUUUUUGUGUGCGACUGUUUUUACUAGUGAGUGAACCUUCUAGUGAGGGUCGAAUCCAUAUCAAAUAUGGUUUUAGACCGAGCUCAGUCGUAUAUGUGUUUUGAUGUUGUAAGCACAAGUACCGGAUUCGUCUAUGAAUGAUUCCACAUUGUCUAUUUUGGAGAAAUAUUUUGAAAAAGUUAAACUAA